CCCCGCCCUCCCGGGACCGGGGAGCAGUAGACGCCCGGAUGUGAACGCUCGGAGUGAGUCACGUGAGGUACCCGGUGGGGCGGGACUCUGAUGCGCCCUUCGCAGCGCCGUCGCCUCACGUGACCACCUGUCAGCCAGCCAAUGGGUGAGCGCGGCGGAGAAUUUCGAAUGUGGCCGUGUUAGCCGGCGGGCGACAGUAGACAGAACCUAGCCCCGGAGGGUCCGAAGCGCGGGAUACACCGGUCGGACCGCCUCGCGGAACCUUGGAAUGUAAGGAGAAGGGCGACAGCUGCGGCAGAAGUGGUGGCCAAGGCAGAAGAUGGCCAAGGAAAGGUGCCUUAAAAAGUCCUUUCAAGACAGUCUUGAAGACAUAAAGAAACGGAUGAAAGAGAAAAGGAAUAAAAAUUUGGCAGAGAUUGGCAAACGAAAGUCUUUUAUAACUGCACCAUGCCAGAUAAUCUCCAACACUUCUACACUGCUAAAGAACUACCAAGACAACAACAGAAUGUUAGUUUUAGCUUUGCAAAAUGAAAAAUCCAAAGUGAGAGAAGCCCAAGAUAUCAUCCUCCAACUGAGAAAAGAAUGUUACUACCUCACAUGUCAGCUAUAUGCAUUGAAAGAAAAACUAACUGCACAACAAACAGAAGAAACUGCUCAGAACCAGGAAAUAUGUCCCUCUGGAAUGGACUCCAAUAGUGACAACAACUCUGGGGAUUUAUUUGUGAAACAAGUUCCUCUUCAGGAAGCUCACCUUCCAGGACAAGGAGAAUCAUUCCAAAUAGAAGAGCAAAUACCUAUUUCUCAAGAUAGACUGGGAUUUGAUUUGGAUUCAGAUGAAGAUAAAUCUGCUGAUAAUGUCUUACCUAGAACUGUAUCUGUCCGUCGGAGUUUAAAGAAACAUCUCAACAAUCUAUGUCAGUUCAAUACCUUGGAUGAUUUUGAAAUCAGUCAUUUCUCAGUGCAGCCCUUUGAAUCUGAAAGAUGUGUAGACCCACUAGUAAACAUGCACCUAACAGAAAACGUAGAACAAAAUGUUUGUCAAUGGAAUAAGGAUCAAAUUAACUUAUCACCAAAGCUGAUUGACCCAGGAAGACCUGCUAAAACAAAAGAAAACAUUUUAGAAUAUAAAUUUGAACAAACUGAAAAUAAGCACAGAGGUGCACAAGGAAGAAGAGGAGAAGAGAAAAGAAAAACUAACAGAAGGAGAAAAUCAAAAUCUGUAUCAAAGUAUAAAGGGAGCAAAAGUGAAAACAAAAAAACUGUUUCCAAAAAAAAGUUGGAUGAAUGUGUCAUUUCCAGUGAUGCUUACAAUUUUAACUUGGAAGAGGGUAUUCAUCUCACUCCUUUCCGACAAAAAAUGAGCAAUGAUUCUAACAGAGAAGAAAACAACAAUGAAUUUGAAGUGAGCGUCUAUGAAUCAAGUGGUUCAGGAGAUGAUUCUGAUGACCUCUAUUUGCCCACUUGCAAGUACAGUCAAGAUCUCUCCAGUGAAUCAGAUAGGAGCCCAGUCGCCAGGUCUCGACCUAAGAGAGCACUAAAAUACAGGGAUGAAAAAGAGAUGGAGGAUUCUAAGCUUACAAAAACUCCUAUAAGUGCACUACCUAAAACUCACCGCUCACCUCAUUGUAGCCUGAAGGAUAUCACCAAUGUCCCCUUGUAUCCUGAGGUGAAAAUCAGAAAACUUUCUCUUUCUCCAAAAAAGAAAGAAAGCCCAGCAGUGUUGCUGCCUAAGCGCAGGUGCGCAGUCAGUAUGAACUAUAAGGAACCCACACUCGCUUCGAAACUGAGAAGAGGAGACCCUUUUACAGAUUUGUGUUUCUUGAAUUCUCCGAUUUUCAAACAGAAAAAGGAUUCCAGACGCAGUUCUAAAAAAAAAAGUAUGAAGCAAAUACAGUGAAGUGUUUGUUGGAUGCUGUUUAAAUUCAUCCUA